UCCGCAUUCCUCCUUACCCCUCGCAUUAGAAAUCCCCUGUUUCUCUUGCGUCUGCCUUCCCUGUUUUCUCGACUCUUCAGGAGCGUACACAAUGUCCUUCCUCCGCCGCAUUCUUCAGCGCAGCUUCUGUACCUCACUUCAAUCGCCCGUCUCCAUCAAGUCAAUAUCCGAAGACCUCUACAAGGAACGCGAUCUCAAGCGCCUCGUCGACAAGUUCAAGAAAGCAUCCGAACUCGCCCGUUUUCGCACUCGAAGUGGUAUAUACGAAAACACUGUUCGUCGCCUUACCGUCGCCAAACGCUUCAAAUGGGUCGAAGAGAUCCUGGAAGAACAAAAGAAGUACAGCGACGUAAAGAAAGAAGGCUUCUCGGCCCGUCUCAUCAGUCUGUAUGGGAGUGCUGGCUUGUGUGAGAAUGCACAAAAGACGUUUGAUGAAUUGCCUGAAAGAAAUUGUACGCGUACUGUUGUAUCUUUGAAUGCCCUUUUGGCUGCUUAUUCACGCUCGAAGAAGUUUGAUAUGGUGGAAUUCAUUUUUAAGGAUAUACCCACGAAGCUGUUAAUUGAACCCAAUUUGGUGUCUUAUAAUAUUGUUAUUAAGGCGUACUGUGAGAUGGGUUCUCCUGAUUCGGCUAUUUCCUUGCUUGAGGAGAUGGAGAAGAAGGGCAUAUAUCCGGAUCUGAUCACAUACAAUACACUUCUUCAUUGGUUGUAUACGAAGGACCGUUUUCUAGAUGGGGAGAAGUUAUGGAGUCAAAUGGGUGAGAAAAAUGUUGCUCCUGAUACCAGGAGCUACAAUGCUAGGCUAAGGGGAUUGGCUGAGGAGAAGAAAACUAAAGAUGCAAUUGAGUUGUUUGAGAAAAUGAAGAAUGAGGGUAUCAAGCCUGAUAUGUUUAGCUUCAAUGCUAUGUUUAAAGGUUUUGUUGAUACGGAUGAUUUGGAUGAAGCUAAAAGGUGGUACACUGAACUAUCAAAUAACUAUGAGUAUGAUCCGAACAAGAUAACUUUUUCGACUCUUCUUCCAUUCCUAUGUCAGAAGGGUGACUUGACAACUGCUUUUGAAUUGUGCAAAGACAUCUUCAAUAUACGGUGUCUUGUUAAUCCAUCAAUUCUGCAGCUUGUUGUGGAUAGUUUGGUGAAGCAGUCUAUGAUUACAGAGGCAAAAGAGAUUGUGCAACUCGGGGAAACAAAUGGCUAUCGUCGCUACAGGCUCAAUUUGAAGGCAGAUGAGUAAAGUAGCAUAUGUUCUUUUUUAUUGUGUCUACUUGUUCUCGUAUUUUAUCCUUGGUCAUAAUCUCAGCCUUAACCUACGAACAGUUUUCUUGGCACAUUCUGAGCUAAACUAAUUAAUUGCUUGAAAAUGGGAUAUGCAGUAUACUUGUUUCGUA